AAACCGUCGCAAACGCUUAUGGCUCAUUGGCUCAUAACAAGUUAUGUUUAUAUUGAUAUUUUCGAUUUGAAGAAGGAAACUUAUAGCAAACAUGUCAACAUCUUCAAGCAAAAAAAAAUUUUCUCAACAGGAACUCAGAAAAUAUAUGCAGCAGCAAAGAAGCAGAGAAAAACAGUUAAUUCCUGUUAAGAAAAUUGAUUCACCUUUAGCAAAAUAUAACGAGCUUGGACAGCUUACCUGUGUGUUGUGCAAAACUAUUGUUCGAUCUGAAGCUGUUUGGAAUGUACAUAUAAAUGCCAAGCUUCAUAAGGAUAAUGUAGAAAUAGCCAAGAAAUUAAAGGAAAGAACCAACAACUUCACUACUCCACUGAAAAGGCCACUAACUCCACCUCAUGAAGUUCCAACAAAAAGGCCCAAAAGCAUCCUUAAAAAUAGCACAAAUUCAUCCAAAGUAGAAGAAACCAGGAAAAGUGAACAACAGAGUGAAGUACAGACAAAAUCUGGAUUACCAGCAGAUUUUUUUGAUUCGUCAGCAAAAAAUAAAUCUAUUAAUGUUGAAAAAUAUCCCAGAACAAAAUUGGAAACUGAGGAUGAGCCAAUGGAUCAAACACCUCAGGAAUCAAGUGAAACCUUACCUGAAGGUUUCUUUGAUGAUCCAAAAUUAGAUGCCAAGGCUCGAAAUAUUGAGUAUAAAGAUCCAGUUCAGGAAGAAUGGGAACGAUUUCAGAAGGAAAUAAAAGAUGCUGAGGGAGAAAGUGCUGCAAUAAUAGCAGAAGAUCAAGAAGAAGCAACAGUUGAAAGGCAAAUAGAUGAAAUUGAUGAGCAGAUUAAAAAUUUUUCGAAGGUUAUUACCUGGGAAAAGAAAAGAGUUGAAGUAGCUGCAUUAGUUGAUGAAGCCAAAAAUAAUGAAGUCACAGUAGAUGAAGAAGAAAUUGAAGAAUUCGAUGAAUAUUUUGAUUGGAGAACGAAAAAUCCAUAUAGAUAAACUAUGUACCAUAUUAUUCCAUACUAUGUUAUUAUUUAGAAAUUAAAAUAUGUUUCACAAA